GAACUAUCCAAUUUUAAUACGGUACUGCAUAACUAUUCACAAAAUGACCGGGUUCUCUUCUUAUCCCUCGCUCUAGUUAGCUUCUGGUGGCUUCUAGUACCCCAACGUUCGAUACAUGCGGUGCGCCAUCUCAUCCAUGCCCUCGACAGGCAGUGCACUCCUCAUGUCAGCCAGUAUCUGCUGCUGAACCUCUGGGUCGAAUCUGUUCCAGAUCCUUCGAAUCUGCUGCAACUGAUUCCCUCGACGUGUCCGGGCGAUGUUUGCAAAAGCCUCAAAGAGAACCGCCACCUGAUUCCAUCCCAAAAUGUUAUGAACUUCUUGGAUGAGAAAUUCGAAGAAGUCGAGAAUUCUGCCGAAAAGGUCUUCUGAGCAUCCUAGCCCUUGACCAUUGCUGAGCACGAUGCACAGAGCAUGCAUUUGGGCUGCCCAUUCGUUGACUGCACGACCACGGACUGGGUCAUUUUCAAUGUCCUGCACAGCAACGCCGAACAUGUCCAUCGCUUCAAGGCUGGUGAAUUCCGAAAGGUGCUGGAACACAAAGUCGAGAGCCCAGUUCAUCAAAUCCUCUGGAUGAUUUUCCAAGUAUGGCUCGCGAAAGAAGGUGCUCAAUUCCAACGCUCCGCGUCUCGUUGCCUCCCGGACUCUGGGUAGGAGAUUGAACAGGACUUCUUGGUUGACACUAUAUCGUCUCCUCAAUUGUCCGACUCUUGAGUGUACAAUGAUGAUGUUUUGUCUUCCACCAGGCCCCGGAACGAAUGGAGGCCGGCGUCUGAAGGCCAUGUCGUGUGGCUCAACGAGAUCUUCAAAAUUGUCGCCAUAGUCGAUAUCAGCGAAGCCAUUCAAGUGACGACGUCUGUCGCCAGCCAUGUUGAUUGUCUGCGAAAUUUGUGCACGUCUUCCUCUGAGGUACAAUUGGUGAUAUUGAUAGUAUUCAUAAAAGCGAUACUGCCUAACCAUGCUUUAGAGAGCAUCCAAGAUGGUUCUGUAUGUGCCUCAAAAGUGAAGCAUGCUGGCGAUAUUGCUCGCAUUUAUAGAUGCUGAGAAGCAUUGUAUCAGUGCCCGGUGCAGGUUUGGUGAGGUUGAUUGCGAUGCCGUGUAAUGUGGUGAGCAAACCACAAGAUGUCAUCUGGACGUUUGACUUAUUGAGAGUUUGAACUGGAGGUUAGGCACACGACACAGCCAAUACUAUCGUUUGCAAUGAUGAUAUGGCUCGUCUGAAGCAAACAUUGGGUUCUGUUCGUAAUUCAGAGCAACAUACAAGCAACCCUGGUUCUCCAUAUCCAGCUACAGGGUGCAUUUGGAGACGGCUCCAAUUGACAUGCUGGCUAGUCUAUCUGAUGCGAUGUUUGCUGAUGCAAAUACACAAAAACACUCAAUCAGUUGCCAACAUUGCUGGACCAAGGACUGUGUACGCAUGGAUUUCGCUAACAAUACCUACUAACCUAUGCCAGAGGAAAUAUGAGUCUGAUGUUGUGGAAUGGGAACGAUAUGACAGACACCUGAAGCCUCAGGCAUCAGGAUGAGGCAUCCAGAUAAAUCAGCAGGCAGGCCCAGAAGACCCUGAAGACUCAGGGUCCUCACCUCCUCCCACCAUUUCCCUUCCUAGGUACUCCCGUCUCUUUCGUAUACCUCAACCUAGAGAUGAAGCAUCCAUUCGAGUCGGCCGCUCUGCUAAAAAUAUUCUUCGUAUCUUACUAUCUUACAGAAAUAUAUAUCAUAUUUUCCCUCACAAAGAUCAAUUGCAGUCAAUUGGUUCCUUUACAUCAUCUCAUGCUUUCUGAAUGUUCAGCAGCAUCGUGUUAAGUGGUGAUCAAGCUCUACACCUAUCAGGACGUCCAUCCUUUUCAACCUCACGUCAAAUUGUCCGCUCUGGUUUUUUCUGCCUUAUUCCGGUACAAGUGACUUCUAAACUGCCAUCUGCCUGGACCCCAGCAUCUGUCGUCCGAGUAUAAGUAUCUCGUGUUUCCCACUCUGUCCCUCUGUUUUGGCAUGCUCAGCAGUCCUCUUCCUUUUCACUUCUCCCAUUUACCUUCACUUCUCCUGUCCUUGAACAUCUUUGUCUGUCUCACCAAGAUAGUCUCUCAUCGUACCAUCCUACUUCUUAAUUGAACCCACCAUCGUGUAACCCUCGUGUUGUUGCUGCCUCUAAGAGCUAUCCCACCCAAACCUCUUCAUCAUGAUGGACACCGCCGCUCCAGCCUUCGACGCAGACGUUGGCCAUAAGGUUGAAUACAAGAUUCGUGACCUUGGAACACGCUCCGUUACCCUCUUUCCCACCCAAGCACAGGUGAAAAGAGAAAUCAAGGAUGUGCCUCUUAAGCCUGGAAUCAACGAGAUAUCCGUUGUCGGGCUGAGCCCAACCAUUGACAAGAAUUCGGUCACCAUUGAAGGCAGCGGUGCCGCUACCAUUACGGGCAUCAGUGUUGAAUUUCUCCCCAACCGCGAACUUUUUGAGGAAGUCUAUCCAAAUUCCGAUGAUGAUGAUUCAGACAGUGGCGAUGAAGAAGAAGAAGAAGAAGUUGAAACCCCCGAAGUGCCACACUAUGGGCAGUUGCUGGAAACCAAGGCGAAACUCAUCGAGCUCAAAGACGAACAGCAGCGAGCCAGAGAAAUUAUUGGCAAUGCCGAUGAGCGUAUCAAGGUCCUUGAUAUAUACUCCAAGUCUCUAGAUAAGAGAGAGGGCGUUGACAUUAGUGAAGUGCUUGACACUUAUAAGCAAGAGCACCAAAAAGCUUUCGAAGAACGUCUAGUCGGCGUGCAGAGAGAGCGGGAACUCACGGAGGCCAUCAACAAGGCUACCAAGGAGCAGAUGCGCUUGAAUAAGCUUGGAAACAAGGUUCAGAAGAAGGAGGCUAAGCACAAGGCCAGAAUCCAGAAAGCCGUCCAGAAAAGGCUUGAACAGCGCCAGAAGCGUCAAGAGGAGAAGCGUAAGGAGAAGGAGCGUAUUCGCAACGAGCGCUCACGUUGCUGGCCGCUCUUCUGCUAUACCGUGCACAUACAACUUGAGGUGAGCUCAUCCUACACGCCAGCUUCCUCUCGCCGGGAAUCAGUAUCCAGCGAGGUUGAACUUGUUCAGCGACCCAGGAGUAAGACUGCAGACCUGGAAGAGACAUCCUCCUGCAACCUUGUCUUGUCAUAUGUCACCAACUCGGCAUUCUGGACUCCGAGCUAUGAUAUCCAACUCUCAACUGUUGACUCCACGGGUAUGCUUUGCUUCGAUGCCGGUCUGCACAACACAACAUCUGAGACGUGGGAAAGCUGCAAGAUCACGCUGUCGACUUCUCAGGCCACAUCUUCGAGCCUUGACGAGUCGAUUCCCAGUCUCACACCUUGGCACAUCAAACUGGGCAACAAAAAGUCCUCAUCUGACGAGAGUGGUGCUUUUGAAAGUGUGGUUGAACUUCAGCAACAGGCCACAUGGCGCAAUAAGAAACAAGUACCACAGCAGCCUCCUAACUUCAGGCGCGAAAUGUUUGGGCUUCCAGGCCAAGCUCUGACUGACUAUCAGAUGCAGUUGAUGAUGUUGGAGCAGCAGAACAAGAAGAGACUGAUGAUGGCUAGACAGGAGCAGGAUCCCACGGUUCCGCCUGCUCCUCAUCCUUUCCCUCCCCCUCCUGUUCCUAGCGCUGCGAUGAUGCAGCAGCAAGCGCAAGCUCAAGCGUCGCAGAUGUGGCCAAUUCCGGCACGCACGGUGAUGCUCCAGAACCAAAUGAUACAGCCCCAACAGAUGCAGCAGCAGCAACAGCAACAGCAACAGCAACAACAAUUCCCAGGAAUGCCACAGAUGGACUUUUCCUCUAACUUCGACUUCGAUGCCUUUCUGGGCGAAGAUACAACUAUGACGGAUGCUCAGCCAUCCCUCGAAUUCCAGAAUUCUCUUGUUGAAGAGACCGGCUUCACCACAACCUUCGAUCUCCCCGGCCUCAAGACUCUCGUGCCCAAGUUCACCGUUUCGAAGCAACGUGUUGCUCGCCUGCAGUUUACCAAUGUUCUGUUCAGCCACACUAUUGUGGCCAAAUAUCAGCCGGUGGCUUAUCUCAAAGCCAAGCUCAAGAACAACAGUAAACUUACGUUACUCCGCGGCCCUGCGAGCUUGACACUUGACGGUAGCUUCAUGGGGCAGAGCAAAAUUCCUCGAUGCAGCUCCGGUGAAGUCUUUACUCUGAGUCUGGGUGUGGACUCGGCGAUCAGAGUCAUUUACCCGAAGCCUGAUGUCCGAAGAAGCACGAGCGGAGUGUUCAGCAAAGAAGAUAGCUCUGUCUAUGUUCGCACUGUCACAGUCCACAACACCCGCGUAACUGCCAAAAAACCCAUUAGCCUUCUGGUACUGGAUCAAAUCCCUGUUUCAGAGGACGAUCGCCUUCGAGUUGAGUUACUCAGUCCUCGUGGUCUGACGGUCGAAGGACCGCGUCAGGCGACUGGCGCUCCUGGACGUGAUACUGCAGAGGAUAAAGACUGGGGCAAAGCCAUGGCAGCUAUCAAAAAGAGCGGACAAGUUUCGUGGGAGGUCUCGUUGAACGCAGGUAAGGCCGUAAAACUGGGACUCGAGUACUCAGUUUCAAUGCCAAGCGGCGAUGUUGCUAAGGAAUGUUGAUUUGCUUCGAUAUGUACGGGGGUUGACAAUUGAUGGAUUUGUGAUGAUUGGAUAACUCUGGGUUGCUGGUAAAUCGUCGUCAAGGACGCGUUACAGCACCAUCCUCACUUCUAUUUAUUCUCGGUGGUUACUUCAGGAUUUUACAAUAGUACUCAAUCAUUCAUUAUACUCUUUUUCUUUUUCUUAGUUGAUCAGAUCGCUCCUUGUGAAUUUUUGGUGCUUGCUCGGAUCUUCUUGCUCUAUGUUGAAUGGGAGAUCUCAGCUCCUGGUACUGUACAUAAUUUAAUACACGAAUCUGCCUACACAACUCAAUCUUCGUCC